AUGCCUUUUGCCCCACCGAUGGAUAAGGAAAUAUUUGGCACAGGGGUCACUAUCAAAGAAGAACUAAGCGACCAUGUCACCGAAGAGACGCUUUUGGACAUUAAAGAAGAACCAUUUGAUUAUGGAGAUGAAAACAAUGGGGACAAGUAUUCAUUAGAUGGGGAUCAGGCGAUGCACAAGGAAAGUCUUACGAAAAAUGCACAAUUAAAAGUGGAAGCCACCUUGAAACGGUUUGUAUGUGAGGUGUGCGGCAAAAUAUUCUCUCGCAAGAGUCACAUCAACACUCAUAUGAAAGUUCACACAAAGGAAAAGCCAUACAGCUGUGAUACUUGCAAAAAGGCUUUCUCACUUAAAAAUAAUCUAGUGAACCACAUGAGGGUACAUACAAAUAAGAAGCCAUACAGCUGUGAGAUUUGCAAGAAGACAUUUUCUGUGAAAAGUAAUGUAGUAAGGCACAUGGUAGUUCAUACAAAGGAGAAGCCACACAGCUGCGAGAUUUGCAACAAGGCCUUCUCAUAUAAAAGUAGUCUAGUGAUUCAUAUGCGAAUACAUACACAUAAGCAAUACAGCUGUGAGAUUUGCAAUAUGACUUUUUCAUGGAAAUGUUAUCUAGUAUAUCAUAUCAGAGUACAUACAAAUGAGAAGCCAUAUAUCUGCGAGAUUUGCAACAAAUCCUACACUCUUAGGAGUACUCUAGUAAGACACAUGAGAAAGCUGUUCUUCUGCCUCCUCAAUACGGCGAUUGUCCGUUUUGAUAUGAGUGUUUUAUAUUUUGUCCCAUAUACUAUUAUCUUAAUUACAAAGUGGAACUACUUGUAUUUCACAUAA